GCCACGCGUCCACGUCUUCUCCGUCGGAUGCCUCUCUCAUUUCGCCGACUUCUUCCGCCAGUCAGUUGGGCCUGCUGCCGGUCUUCCGCCGACCCCUAGUGCCUAUAAAAUAAACCCAACCCCUCCGAAUUCGUACCCAGCGUGUCGUCGUACAGCCAUCAUCCUUGGAGCUGGACCUGACUCGCGCCGUCCAUAUCUGCUUCCAAUCUUCCUGCUCUUUUCCCCUCUCUCUUUCGAUUGCGGUCGCUUUCGAUCAAAACCAUCCCUUGAUUCUUCUCUUCUACCCUUAUCAAAUUUACCCGGUGCCUGUGUAUCUUCCUCAGCCGGCCUUGGAACCUUUUUCGGCUCUGUAGAAGCCAGGAGUACGAAGAAGCGUCGCCGGAAGAGAUGGUAGCGAUCGGGCUCGAGGAUGGAGUGCGCAGCGUCGGCUCCGUGGUUGAACAGGAGGAGGACAAGGGGGUGAUUCCCAUGGAGGCCAGUAAGAUCUUGUUCCGCCUGGCCUCCGGAUGGAGCGACGUGGAUGACUCCAGGGCGCUCGAGGUUGCGCCGCUCCAGGGCGCCAUGACCAACGAGGUCUAUCAAAUCAAAUGGCCCUCGCAUGGGCAGCGCCCUCGCAAGGUGCUCGUUCGAAUCUACGGCGAGGGUGUUGACGUCUUCUUCGACCGCGACGAGGAGAUCCGGACCUUCGAGUGCAUAUCCCGGCACGGCCAGGGUCCGCGUCUCCUAGGCCGCUUCACCAACGGCCGCGUCGAGGAGUUCAUCCAUGCCAGGACACUUUCUGCUCUUGACCUCCGUGAUCCAGAAAUAUCUGCCCUCGUAGCAUUAAAACUGAGGGAGUUCCAUGAUCUUAGCAUGCCUGGUCCGAGAAGUAUACAACUUUGGAAAAGAAUGAGAAACUGGCUUAAUGUAGCAAAAAGUUGCUGCCCUGCUGCUGAAGCUGAAGAGUUUUGUUUGGAUGCACUUGAGAAGGAGAUUGCUACUCUCGAGAAUGAAACCAUUGGAGAACAAAGGAUAGGCUUUUGUCAUAAUGAUCUUCAGUAUGGAAACAUUAUGAUUGAUGAAGAUACUGGCGUCGUGACUAUAAUAGACUAUGAGUAUGCCAGUUACAACCCUGUUGCAUUUGAUAUUGCCAAUCAUUUCUGCGAGAUGGCUGCUAAUUACCACACUGAAAUGCCUCAUUUAUUGGACUACGCAAAAUAUCCAGAUUUCAAAGAAAGGAAAAGAUUUGUAGAGAUAUAUCUUGGUGCUUCAGGUGAGAAAGCAGAAGACGCGGAAGUCGAGAAUCUGCUCCUCCUCGUCGAGAAGUAUGCUUUGGCAAGCCAUCUUAUAUGGGGUUUAUGGGGAAUAAUCUCGGAAAAGGUAAAUGAUAUAGACUUUGAUUACAUGGACUAUGCAAGACAGAGGUUCCACCAAUUCUGGUCUAGGAAGUCUGCAACCAUGGAUCCCAGCGUCAACCACAAUAGUUUGGUUUUGCAUACUGGACUAAAAGAGAUCUGAAAUCACUAACAGAAUCAAGGGAUUUUGGUACGAGUUGUGCUUGGUUACUUCAACGCUAAAUCAACAAAAGGAAAAAAGAAAACAAAAUCAGAUAAAUAACGCACACGACCAUGCUUUUAUGUAAAUUGAUCCUACCAUCUUGUAUAUGCUCUGUAUUAAUGUACAAAUCUCUUGGGGAUGACAAGCUCCACGUUUACAAUGUUGUAAGUAAAUGGAUCCUGACAUUCGUUUCAGCAAAUGCAAUAUAGUAACUUUAGAACA